AUGGCUCACAGCUUCACUCAGGAGUAUUUUCAGAUCCCCGUGGUGACCCGAGCCUACACGACCGCCUGCGUGCUCACCACCGCUGCUGUGCAAUUUGAGGUCAUCACCCCCUUCCAGCUCUACUUUAACCCAGACCUCAUCAUCAGAAGAUACCAGAUAUGGCGCCUGAUAACCAGCUUCCUUUUCUUUGGUUCUCUUGGAUUCAGUUUUGUGUUCAACAUCAUCUUUCUUUAUCGAUACUGUCGGAUGCUGGAGGAAGGCUGUUUCCGGGGAAGGACGGCGGAUUUUGUUUUCAUGUUCUUGUUUGGAGGAAUCGCGAUGACUCUGUUUGGUCUGUUCGCCAACGUCUUCUUCCUGGGCCAGGCCUUCAUCAUCAUGCUGGUGUACGUGUGGAGUAGAAGACAUCCGCUCGUACGCAUGAACUUCUUCGGCCUCCUGAACUUCCAGGCCCCGUUCCUCCCCUGGGUGCUCAUGGGCUUCUCGCUGCUGCUCGGAAACUCCAUCGUGGUCGACCUUUUAGGUAUCAGUGUCGGCCACAUGUACUACUUCCUGGAAGACGUGUUUCCAAACCAGCCGGGAGGAAGGAAGCUGCUGAUGACACCAGAUCUUCUGCGGGCCAUGUUCGACCGGCCGCAGGAUCCAGACUACCGCCCUCUCCAAGAAGAGCAGCAGGGUGGAGAUCUACAGCAGGACGACGAGCCAAACAACUAACACAACUCCAAUCCCCAAAAUUUGGAUAAAUCAGUUGACGCAGAAAGACAGUCAGAAUAUGUGCAGCCCUGAGUUCUUGCAAAGGACAGUUCAGACAUAUAAGGACUGAACUGCAAGUUGGCAUCAUCAAUAGUCAAUGAUAUACGGCCGAAAAAGCAAGUCUCAACUCUCUACUAAGACUGUGCUGCAGUUUAUUUAGGACAGAAAGCAUCAUUUAAACAAGCAAUGGGAAAUUACCCCAAAAAUUCAAAGGAUCAUGGGUAGAUUAGGGGUAGAAGCAAGACAGAGCAGAACAAACUUAUUAAAAAAAGUACCCUGUGGAGCUCUAUUUCACACUGGCAACUUUUAGCCCUGUGUUCAGUGGAUUGUCAGGAGCUAACCCUGCUCCAGAGAAGGGCCACUGUGAAUGCUUUAUUAGCCUGGGGUUUAGUACGGAGUGAAAAGGCCUAAACUAACCCCUAACCAUGAGAUGGGUAAAAAGCUAGUAAAUGGACCUUGAGUUGAGAUUUUCUGUCACAUGCAACGUUUAGGUCAAGAACGAACUUCCAAGCUCAACAGAAAAUGUUAAAAUCCACAAGCACUUUUAUAAGAGCUAAAUUUGUGUUUAUGCCCCAAUGUUCUUGACAAAAUCCCAAACCUGGCGAUAAGCCAGAGAAACCGCUUCGCCUGACUACUUUUUACAAAGCUAUUCACUUUUUUGUAAGCAUAAAGAAAUACAAAACAUCCUAAGAGAGCUCCAACUGUGUAGAAGAAGGAAAAAUAGCUGGGAACUGAUUUCUGACGACAGCUUGGCUGCUCUAGGGUCAACAGAACCAGAGGAGUAAACUGGCUUAGAAAGAACUGAAAAAGGAGCAGGACUAACAUGCUUGCCCUCGCUGUUGUGUCACUGCUGCUGGUUCACAGAACAGCCGACGGCCUGAAAUCCCAUCAGCCC